AUGGAAAUUCGUGACAAAAAGGGGACAGAAAUUCUAGUUGUAGAUCAUUUAUCUAGAUUGGAAAAAGGAGAAAAGCCUAAUGAGAAAGAUGUACAAAUUGAUGAAAACUUCCCGGAUGAACAAUUAUUUUCUAUUGAAAGUGACGAAAAGCUAGCGUGGUUCACUGAUUAUGUCAAUUAUUUGGUAGCUAAAGUUGUUCCUCUAGACAUGUCAUGGCAACAACUUAAAAAGUUCUAUUUAGAAGUCAAGCGUUAUUAUUGGGAUGAGCCCAUUCCCUUUCAUCAUUAUGCUAAUCAAAUAAUUGGAAGAUGUGUCCUAGAAGAGGAGAUGAUUUCCAUUCUUACUCAUUAUGCUAGUGCCAUUGUCAAGAGUUCUGAUCCUUGCCAAAGGUCUGGUAACAUAUCAAGAAGAGAUCAAAUGUCGAUGACUGGAAUUCCGAAAGUUGAGUUGUUCGAUGUGUGGGGAAUAGACUUUAUGGGAACUUUCCUGUCAUCUUAUAAAAAUAAGUACAUUCUGCUUUCAGUGGACUAUGUUUCUAAAUGGGUGCUGCAACAACUCCUACUUGUGAUGGUAAAGAGAGUUCAUCAUCAAAAGGCUUUGUUCUACCAUCCACUUACAAAUGGUCAAGCAGAAGUGUCAAAUCGGGAGAUAAAAAGCAUCUUGGAGAAGACUGUGGAACUUGAGCACAGAGCUUACUGGGCUGUGAAAAAGUUGAACGUUGAUCUCUUUAUGGCGGGACAUAAUAGGCUUAUGGAGUUGAACGAGCACGAUGAAUUUCGAAAUGAAGCCUAUGAGAAUGCAAGGAUUUAUAAAGAAAAGUCUAAGGCCUUUCAUGAUAAAAGGAUACUUAGCAAGGAUUUCCAACUAGGAGACAAGGUGUUAUUAUUCUAUUCUCGAUUGAAGCUUUUUUUGGGUAAAUUGAAGUCGACAUGGUCAGGACCAUACACAGUUGUUGUCUCAUUGCCUUAUGGAGCGGUGAAAAUUCAUAGAAAGAAGAUAGGACACUUUAAGGUGAAUGGUCAGAGAUUGAAGCACUAUUUGGAAGGCCAUGUGGAAAAAUGCAAGUCUGUGGUUCUCUUGGAACCGUUCUGA